CGCCCAACGCAAGUCGCCGAACUUGGCUUACUCUGGCCUGAUUGCCUAUCCAGACUCAGCAAUUUCAGGCAUUAUUGCCCAGUCAGGCUGGUUGAUCACGACGAAUUGCUUGACACCCUUCGCGAGCCGAUGUUCUCGACCGAUCUACAACUGCCAGGUUUCAGGGCCACUUCACAGCUUCGCUUCACGCUAGAGCAUUCGGGUCGUCUGUACCGAAUGGCUGGACCGGCUGAGAUGGCUGCCUUCUUGGCGAAGCCCGAAAGGUAUACUAACAGCGAAGCCGAGGCUUUGCUGCCAACCGAUGAUGCACAACUGCCGCUACGCAUAGACCCUUCGGAUUCCAUCUGCCUUGACAAGUUGACCAAGUUUCCGGCUCAAGUGGGCUUUCGUGGAUUCUGCCCGGUCUGCUUUGUCACCAGGGAGCAGACCUACGAGGCUCUGAAGCCUGGACUCAGUUGCCAUCUGGCCAGCAUGCAGGGCGAGAUCUACACAUUCUGCUCCAAAAAUUGCAUGACAACCUUCCUCAGGUGUGACCGUCUAGGCCUUCUGGAAGUCUGUCACCUUGCGUCCAAGUUUCUCUGA